AUGCCAAUGGCACAAGAUUUAACUUAUUCAUCAGUAACAGAACUUCGUUAUAAAAAUCUUCGUUUUCUUAUUACUGAUAGUCCAGACGAUGAAAAUAUUCAAUCAUUUACUGAAACUUGUUUAAAAUAUGGUGUUACAGCAACUGUUCGAGUAUCAGAAAAAACUUAUGAUACAAAACCAAUAGAAACUGCCGGCAUUAAAGUUUAUAAUCUUGAAUAUCCUGAUGGAAGUGCACCAGAUUCACUUGUUCGUGAAAAAUGGUUGAAUAUAGUUAAAGAAAAUAAAAAUGGUUGUAUUGCUGUACAUUGUAUACAUGGCCUUGGACGAUCACCUGUACUUGUUGCAAUGGCCUUGCGUGAAGCAGGAAUGAAUCGACAAGAAUCAAUUGAUUUUGUUCGUGCACGUCGUCGCGGUUCGUUUAAUGUGCGACAACUUGAAUUUCUUCAGAAUUAUCAUUCAGGUCAUCGUCUAACCGAUAAACAUGUCGGUUGUCUUAUUAUGUAA